AUGUCAAGCUGGGUGUGGGGCCUCUGUGGUGGUCCUGAUGUGCCCCAUGCCGCAUUGUCUGUAUCUACAGUCAACACAGAGAGCCGCGGCGUGGGGAUCAAGCAGAGUCAGCUCUCUGUGAGCUCCCACAUUGUGCAAGAGGAUGAAUUGUUGAAAGCUGUAAGAAGUUGUGAAUCAUUACGCCUGACCUUUACGCUUCACUUAACAGAGAGUACAUCUGUUGAGUGGGAAACUGUAGUAUGGCGCCGCUGUCUUUACAUACGCGUACCAAGCUGCCUUCUACCAGAGGGUUCCAAGGAGGGUUUUGUUUCCCUUCUGGAAUAUGCCGAAGAAACACUACAUUGUACUAAUAUCAUUGUUUGUCUCCGUAAAGACAAAUCAGAUCGAGCAAUGCUGGUUCGUACCUUCAUGUUUUUGGGCUUCACAGUACUACCACCGACUCAUGCCUUGGUACCACCAGGCAGUGACGCUGGUAAUCUCUACAUGCUCUAUGCCAUCGAGUAAUCGGCAAGCAGCUAAACUCCUCUCUCAAAUUUAACGCGCAGGUACCAUUAUAACGAAGUUUAUGAUAGAAUUCAACAAAAUGGAUAUGUAAGAAAUUAAAUAGCCUGGUUUUUGUUUUCAAUAUUUUUCCGUUUUUUUUGUUUUUUUUUUUGUUUACUAGAUGCAGUUUUGCAUUUUGUGUGAAAACUGCUGAACAGAAAUUUUGAUUUCUUUUAUUUUAUAGUGAAAAUGACUAGUGAGAAACAAUUGACAUUUCGAAAUCUAAAAGCGAAGAAAAAUAAUAUGUAUUGGUGUAUCACCUUGGCGUUAAAUUUAAGAGGUAUUUAGGAGAACAGAGAGAAAUUAUAGUCUCGUAUAUGUAGAGCGCGCGUACGUAACAGGCUUUUGAUGAAUGUAUCAAUUCAUUCUCUUGAACACAAUGUUAAUAACUCUUGUAAGAUCGUAUAAAUUGCUGACAAAGCUUCCCACGUAUUCUGAAGGAAUUUGAUGGUUAAAUGAUACAAAUUAAAUAAUUAAUUGUGACAGAAAA